AUGGGUAAAAAAAUCAAAGUAGGAAAAUCUAGAAAGGACCAUUAUUAUGAGUUAGCGAAACAACAAGGGUUUCGAGCUCGUUCUGCGUUUAAGUUAGUUCAGAUAGCCAAUAAGCUUGAUAUAUUUAAAAAUGUUACCUACGUGUUAGAUUUAUGUGCAGCUCCUGGAGGUUGGAUGCAAGUUGCUCGGACUCAAAUUCCACCCAUUGGACAUGUUUUUGGAGUUGAUUUAUGUAAUAUCAAACCUAUUCCAGGUUGUACUUCUAUAAUUUGUGAUAUUACUAUUGAACGAUGCGCGAAACUUUUAGAUGAAGCUUUGACACAACAAGGUGUACUUGAUAAGUUAGUUGACUUAGUUUUGCAUGACGGAGCUCCGAAUGUAGGUUCUAGUUGGGAUAAGGAUGCUUAUAUUCAAAACGAGUUAGUUGUCCACUCUAUGAAAUUAGCGAGUAAAUAUUUAAAGAAACAUGGUAACUUUGUUACAAAAGUAUUUAGAUCUGCUCACUAUGCCAAAUUGAUUUCUCUAUUCGAAUCACUUUUUGAACGUGUUCAAGUUUUCAAACCAGCUUCAUCAAGAACUGAAUCUGCUGAAAUUUUUUUUAUUUGUAUCAAUUUUUAUGGUACGCCAAAAAAUUCAGAUCAAUUUUUUGAUUGCAAUAGAGUUUUUCUUGAUAAUGAAACUACUCAUUUAGAUAAAUUCAACAAGGGUUUGAUUCCUCAGCAAUUGGUAGAUUCGUUAAAGGCUGGAGGUUUACGUUCUGCGUUAAAAGCUACAAAUAAAGUUAAAGCCACUGGAUAUGAACAAGGUGAUGAUUACCGCAAAUGUACUGUAACCCAACUUUUCCAUAGUACUCACCCAUCAGAAUUGUUAGUACAUAGCAAUGCUAUAACUUUUGAUUUAAAUGACGAGUUUGAAAAAGCUAUAUGGUACGAUGCGUCGACAACAGAUGAAAUCAAAGAAUUUUUAAAAGAUUUAAAAUUAUUAUCAAAAGCUGAGCUUCAACAAAUAAUGAAAUGGAGGAAAAAAUUGUUAUUAAAUAUUAUUGAUCAGCAAAAAACUAAAGUAGAAAAUGCAGAAACUCAAGCGAAAAGCACUUUAAUUGAUCCUGAACAAAUAAAAGAAAAGAUCGAGCGAGAUUUAAAAAAAGCUGUUGCUCAAGAUGCUAAAAAAUAUCUUAAAAGACUUAAGGAAAUGAAGAGAAAAUAUAAAAGAUUACAACAGCGCUAUAAUGAAGCAAGUAAAGUUUUUGACGGCAAAGUUGAAGAUCCUAUUUUAUUUUCUAACGGUGAAGAAUCUUUUAAAAUUUUAGCGAAUGAACCUGAAUACGUUGAUGUGAACGAAUCCUAUAAUUCUCACGGUAUAUCUAACGAAGGCGAAGUCAUUAAUUUCGAGCUUGAUAUGCAGAUAUCGUCAGAAGACGAAUCAGAUGGUUCUUCAGGCCAAAGCGGUAUGGAUGAUGUUGAUUAUAUAAAACGUCUUGAAAAAGAACUUAAUGAAUAUCAUAACAAGCUCAAGGAGUCAAAAGAUUAUAAAAAGAUUCUAAAAGAAUUAAAGAAUAAAAAAACGACUAGAAGAGCAGAAGUUUUUGCAAGCUGGGCUAAAGAAUUACAAGAUUUUACCACUCAGCUUGACGAGUUGAAUAAGGAAAAUAAAAUGCACGACGAGAGCGAUGAAGAUCUUUAUCAAUCAUCGGACGAAAUCAACUCUAAUAAGUUUGGUUACAACAUAGAUAACUCAACGAAUAUUGAUGUAGAUGGUUCUGAAUCUGCUGACGAAAUCUCCUCUUUACCAGAUUCAGCAUUGCCUCAAAUACCACUAAACGAAAAAAAAAUUAGGCAUUUGAAACGUGUGAAACAGUUAGAAAAAGAAAAUAAAAUUGCCGAGAAAAAAAGACUGAAAUCAAACAAAGCUCUCGAUAAUAAUCCAGAGGUUGACGAUGAUACUAAAAUCAAAACUGUCAAACCAACGAUCUUAUCAGCGGGAAGGCCGAUGCCGGCAGCUGAGAUAGCAGAAAUUCAAAGUAUUGGAUUAGCCUUGAACAGAUUGCCUAGUAGAAUCGACACUAUAGAGUCCACUUAUAGCAGAUGGAAUUUUGAAGAUAAUGACGAUUUACCAGAUUGGUUUAAAGAAGAAGAUCAAGCAGCAAGAUGUCCAGACAUACCGCUCAAUGCUAAUCUUGCUAAGCAAUUGCAAGUUAAAAUAACCGAAAUUAACCAACGACCAAUAAGAAAAGUGUUGGAAGCUAAAGCUCGGCGACAGAACCAUUUAAAAUUUCGAUUGAACAAAAUAAAAUCGGAAAUAGCCAAAGUGUCGAAUAGUUCAGAUUAUUCGGAAGGUUCAAAGAAUAUUGCAAUUGCGAAACUUCGAAAAAAAUCCGCACACAUUGUUAAGCCUAAAAUCACAAAUGAAGAUAACCAAGAGUUGUUAGAUUUAUAUCUUUCAUGGGUCACCGUUUUAUCACUACUCGAGUAUGAACAAAGUGAGCUUGUAAAUAUCUACUAUUCGUUGUUAAGUGAGUUAUUAAAUGAAGAUAAAACUGAUUUUAAGACAAUAUUAGAAGUUCUUGUAUUACUACUCAAAGAAACUAAAUUCAAAGACUAUUUAAAUUAUUUUUGUGAAUUACUAGAUUGUUUAAACUCAGAUGUAAUCGAAUAUUUUAUAGAUGACGAGUCCAACCUUGAAGCUGAGGUUGCAGCUUUUGUGCCAGUAAAUUGUGCAGUAUUAUUAUUGAAAGUAGUACAAAAACUAGUUUAUUUGAAAAAUGAUGUAUUUCUGCCUUUAAUUCAUAUUUCAGAGGAUUAUAAUUAUGUAAUCGAAUAUAAACCGGCUCCUACUAAUCUUGACUUAAAAUUAAAUCAAAAUCAACAUUCAAAUCUCACUCCGUGGGCUACUUUAUGCGGUGAUUACUCGUGCUACGAAAUCAAUUUGUUUUUAUAUAAUUCAAACAUCACAUUAAAACAAGAAGCUCAACGAAUCAUAGGUACAAUUAUUGAUCCAUACAAUUUUUCAACAAUAGACGAGCAAGUAGAGAUUGCUUUGCAGCAAGGAAUCAAUAAAUUCACAGCUAAAUAUAAUAAUGAACGAAAUUUACUUGAAGACUACAUAUCCAAAGUCAAAAAUAAAUCAGAGCCAUAUAUUAAUAAGCAAAAAGAAAAUUUUAAGGACAACACUAUUAUUAGAAUGCCACUUUCUAAGCUAAAAGAGCUUAUUAAAAAUUUUAAAAAUACGAACAAUAUGAUAUCACCAGCGAAAUUUCAAAAGUCUGUAACAACUUCAUUGGUUCCGCAUAAUGCUGCCGAAAGUACUUUAUGGAAUUCGUGGCGCAAUUUUUUAUCAAUUUUAUUUCAUUGUGGAAACAAUAUGGAGAUAAAAGUUCCUACCGAAAUAACAAAUAACGAGGAUCAAAAUUUAGAUCAAAGAAAAGUACAUUAUCAUUGUACAGAAUAUAAAAAUGAUAAACAAUCAAGUUCCGAAGUUCCUAUUAAUUUGUCACAUAAAAACAUUAAAAACUUAAAUGUAGAUGUAAUACUCAAUACAAAAGCUUGUUGUAGAGAGCAAGACUGCAUCAAAUGUAAAGAAAUUCAUUUACCUAUUUUCCUUACUGUUACUGUGACGUUAAAUUAUUGA